AUUACUACCUUUAUAUAUACCUUUCCACAUAUUAUUUCACAAAACCCCAAGAAGAAAGUUUUUUGAGCUUUUCUUUAAUUAUUGGGCUAAAACCAUGAAGAGUUUAUCUUAUUUUGGAAACAAGCUACAACAUCUUUGUAACUCCGUAUAUUCAAACCUUGUUUGCUUUGUUAGAUCAACAUGCUUCCUCAUUUCUUGCUUUUACAAAUUCAUUCUUCUUAGAGUUCACAAAUUUUUCGUACAACUUUUUUACUUCAUCUUCAUCUCCCUUAUUGGUUUUUGGAUUCUCAGAAUCUUGAAAUCAAGGAGUACUAGUGGUGAUUUUGCACCUAGGAAUUUAGACUUGUACUUCACUUCUGUUUCUGCUGUGACAGUCUCGAGCAUGUCCACUGUAGAAAUGGAAGUCUUUUCCAAUUCACAACUUAUUCUUAUAACAUUUUUGAUGCUAAUAGGUGGUGAGGUCUUCACUUCUAUGGUUGGUCUUCAUUUAAUUAGGCCUAAGUUUAAGCCAUGGAGAAAAGAUAGCAAAAUUGAGUCAGUAAUUAGUAGUGCUACCACUUCUCCAAGAAACACAAAUUUUAAUGACGAUAUUGAGUUGAACAUUGUGGUAAUACCUGAUUCCCCAAAAUCCAACUUAGAAAAAGAUGAAUUUGAUCAAGAUGAUUUUGGUUCAUCGUCAGAUACUCAAACUCUCAAGUACAUUUCUAUUAAAUUCCUAGGGGUUGUAGUUUUAGUAUAUUUUUUAGUCAUGCACAUUCUUGGUAUCUCAUCAGUUCUAGUGUACCUAGCCUGUGUCUCAAGUACAAAAGAUGUACUAAGAAACAAGGGGCUAAAAACCUCCACCUUCGCUAUUUUCACAGUUGUUUCUACCUUUGCAAGCUGUGGUUUCGUUCCGACAAACGAAAAUAUGGCUGCAUUUAGCAAGAAUUCAGGACUUCUUUUGAUUCUAAUUCCCUCAAUACUGUUUGGAAACACAUUGUAUCCAGCAUGUUUGAGAGUUUCUGUUUGGUUCGUCGGAAAAUUCUUCAAAAAAAGGGAAGCUAAGUUUUUGUUGAAGAAUUCAAGAGAGAUAGGACAUCUCCACUUGUUUCCUGGCCUAAGUUCAAGAUUUUUAGUGGUUACGGUGUUUGGGUUCAUAUCAUUGCAGUUAUUUUUGUUUUGCACUUAUGAAUGGAAUUCCGAUACCCUGAAUGGGCUAAAUAGUUACCAGAAAAUUGUGGGUUCAUUUUACCAAGUUGUGAACACAAGACACGCUGGUGAGUCCGUCGUAGAUAUCUCUGCCAUUGAUCCAGCCGUUUUGGUAGUGCUCAUGGCAAUGAUGUAUCUUCCCCCAUAUACUACAUUUUUACCCGUAAAAGGAGUUGAAGAGUAUCGAGAAGAUCUUCCAGGGAAAAAGAAAGAAAGAGGAAAGCUUGCAGAAAAUGUCAUAUUUUCUCAGCUUUCUUAUAUUGUCAUAUUUAUUAUUCUUAUCUGCAUCACGGAAAGGAAAAGUUUGAAAGCUGAUCCACUCAACUUCAAUGUAUUUAAUAUUGCAUUUGAAGUCAUAAGUGCAUAUGGAAAUGUUGGUUUCUCAAAAGGAUAUAGUUGUGAUCGGUUGAUAAAUCCAAACCCAACUUGUAAGAAUAAAUCGUAUGGAUUUGCAGGGAGAUGGAGUGAUGAAGGUAAAAUGGUUCUCAUUGUUGUUAUGAUUUUUGGAAGACUAAAGAGAUUCAAUAUGGAAUGGGGAAAAGCUUGGAAGCUCAAGUAAAUAGAUUAGAGAAAUAAAAUCAAUAUCUUUUCCAAGGAGAAUUAUUUAUUUGGUUGGUUUGGAGGCUUGUUCGAAAGGAGAAGGUGUGGUUGAUUGUUGAGUUGGUUGCGCAAAGAGGUAAGUGUCGUAUCUAACUUUGAGUUGUGGAAAGUAGGACUUGAUUGGAUUAUUUACUAUUUGAUUUAUGUGUGGGGACUGCGUAUAUGUAAGGUGACGAUAGUAUAUAUGUAGUAACGCGUUAAGCAAGAGGGUUGGAAUAUUUAUUUAUUGUUUUCAAAUAUUACUUGUUAAAUGCUUUAAUUGUUAUACUCAUCCCCACCCGAAUAUCAGAGAGAUUACUCUUAGAGUGUGAAGUGAUGGAUACUCAUCCCAGCCCAAAAACUGGAGGGAUUACUUAGGGUGUGAAGGGAUGGGACUUAUCCCCGCCCGAAUAUCGGAGAGAUUGAUCUCAAGGAAGGGAUGGGUACUCAUUCCCACUCGAAUAUUAGAGAGAUUACACUCAUGGUGUGAAUGGAUGGAUACUCAUCCCCGCCCGAAAACCGGAUAGAUUACUUAGGGUGUGAAGGGAUGGGUACUCAUCCCAUCCCGAAUAUAGGAGAGAUUACUCUCAGGGUGUGAAGGGAUGGAUACUCAUCCCCGUAUGAACAUCAGAGAGAUUACUCUCAGGGUGUGAAGGGAUAGAUACUCACCCCCGCCCGAAAAUCAAAGGCCACUUCAUCCAUUAGGACCUUUGUACCCAUUCAGUUAUUCUUGAUUAAGACAUUAAUGACUUUUUUUUCUUUGCAGUCCAAAGAGAUGGUAAAUUCAGAGACUAUACCUCACCUUCCUCCAAACUUAGAUAUCUCAUAAUCGAGCAUGAAGAUGGCAUAGAAAAAACCAAUUUUUGAUUCACACCCCACAAGUUGGCCGGUAUGCAUCCUCAUGGCAUUCCUUGAGAAACCCGCUCCAUAUAGAAAAUUGGACUUUGGAGCAAAAGUCUACUUCUAAUCCAUUGUCCAAGACGUGGUCCCUCCAAGCGCCAAUCCUUCGUUACGUAAACAUUGCUAGAACUCUUUCGAAUUUAGGGCGUUGCAUAAUUCAAGGAGAAAUGCAUUGAGGAGGUAAUGAUCGAGGGCGAGUAUUGUCACAUUCUAGGAUAUUGGGAAUGGGCCGAGGAUGUACUUGGUAGAAGCCAACAAAACCUGAGUACAACAAAGUUUUGUGAUGCUGUGUAUGCCUCGCUUUUUACCUAUGAUCGAAGCUUGAACAUUUUGUAAGCAUUUUGUGAUGCUUGGUGCCCCAAGAUGAACACACUUCUUACAUAAGCUGGGGAGCUAUAUAUCUCUCUUUGGGACUUACAUAUUCUAGGGGGUUUUCCCAUUGCAGGUUUUCCAUACGAAGAAAUGAUACGUAAUACAAGGGAACUCACAUGUUUAGAUGAAAAACAAAUGAUAUUCAUUCCUCGAUCUUGCGAGUAUUUAUUUGUUGAUUUUCAUCAUCUUAAGGAAGGUACGGGUGUCAACCAAAAGGUCUCUUUGAGAAAGUGGACAAUGUUUUGGUAUAAGAAAUAUUUAAUAUAUAAACAUUCCCCACUGCGGAAGGAUAAUAAAUUCGCGCACCUAAAGUCAACACAUAAUCCUAACGGAGUUAUCCCCGAGAUAACUAGGUGGUCAAGUGAUGAAGAAGUUAUAUUUUCCAAGCUUAAGGUGAGGUCUGACAAGAAAGAUUAAACAUAUCUAACAACCUUCUUAUCAUGUUGUCUAUGUGCUUUUGUAUUUCCCUAUAAGGUAGAGAACUUCAUUCGUCCCGAUACUUUUAAGAUGGCAAGCGGGCGAAAGAUUAGCCUUGCAGUCUCAGUUUUGGCGAGUAUCUAUCAUGGCUUGAAUAAGAUGUCAUGUUUUUCCCAACUUGAUCAGGUCAUAGUUUGUUUUCCUAUCCAUUAUGUUUACGGUUGGCUUGCCCAUUACCUCAAAACCCAUUGCGCACUAGCUAAGGGCCCAUCUGUCCUUUUGAUGGUGGCAUACUCAGGAGAGGGCGCCGCGACUUAUUUUGAUAAGAAAGAUGCAAGAAAUGCAUCCACGAUGAAGAGAAUAUAGUUUAGACACCAACAUUGUUAACUAAUUCUCGUCCUUAUUAUUAUAUGGAUAACGAGGCCCCUCAUGAGUUUGAGUCAAAUUACUUCAUGAGCUUACGUUUUAAUUACCUCCAUUUGAGGUAUGAUAACUCAUUCAUUAUUGAGCCAUAUAGUCCGUAUCGGUUUGGUCGGUCAAUUGGGUUUUACUAGAACGUCCCCAGGUUUUUGGAGAAUGAUAUCUGUGGCGCUUCUCUAUAUGAAGGACUCAAAUUUUGGAGGAUUUGCACACUGUAUCAAUCUAUGUCACAUGUGGCUUUUCCCCCAACGGGAGAUCUUGUAGAGAAGCUUUUCUACACCAAUUAUAUUUCUUGGUGGGAGAAAGCGCAUGGGAAGUUUCUUGAAGAUAAUUUACAAGCUUUGGUAGACAACGUUGGGCCAAACUCUACUACCCCUUUAGGAGAUGAAGAUCAAGGUGUUGGAAAUAGGCUCUCAAAAAGUCAAUGAACCACAUACUCCAAUCCCAAAAGUAGUUACACAACAUAAGAAAAGGAAUCUUAAAUCCAUAAAGGCGUCUUUGAAAGAGGUAGUGUGCACUUCAACAAUAUUGAGAAACACCCUCAAGAUCUUCCAUUUGGCAUGCGAGUUCCACAAGAUACAAACCAAAGUACCAACGAAGAUCAACACUGGAAAAUAAAAAGGCCUAACCCAAAAGAGAUUGUAGAGGUUCCAAGUUUUGGUAGUCCCUCAAGAACGCAUACAACUUGUAACAAAGAGGUAGAAUAAAAUAAUCUCGCCUUUGUCCCUUUUUUUGAACAAAUAUUACUUUCUUUCUUUGCCUUUUCCUUGUGCAGCUAAAGGCCAUUGGGCACCCGAUGGCAUCCCCACAUGAUAAGGCGCAAGUUAGUGAUGAAUCCAUUACAAAGCCUACGUCUAAAGUAAAGUCGUCUUCAAAGGCAUCAUCUCUCUCUCAUGAAAAAGCCCUAAAAAGAGAAACUACAAAUGAGAUAACUUGUGUUCUACGAACGAUAAAUGCAACAGUAUCUAUUUCUGAAGGAAAGAGCAUUCUAUUUAUCGAAAAAAGGAAUUCAUCUUGGGAAUUUAGGAGGAUAUUUGCGAUAGACUCUCCAAAACUCGUGCAUAAUUGCUCUCAUCUUAUAUGGAGCAAAUCACUGAGAUCUUAUGAAGAAGGUGAAUGUUUUGGUUCUUUCCCCAUUAGAAACUUUUCUGAAUUCUCUUUUCGAGCUUGCCGUUACGUAUGACCAAGAUCGAUCCAAUUUGGCUAAUUAAACGAGUGAAGAUAAGAAGCUAGAGCUGAUUUCCAAAGCUAAGGGGCGUAUAGAAUCAUUCAAACUUGAAGCAAGCGAGAAAGUCAAGAAAGUUUUCUCUAUAGAAAUGAAACUGAAGAGAGUUGUAAAGCGGUUGCACACAUUACAACAAGAGGGGGAGAAUCUCGAAGGUGUUAUAGAAGCGACUCAAAACGAGGUUGAAGAUAUUCAAGCAAAAGUUUCAGCUGCCGAGACUAAGGUCUCUUCACAUGACAAUGUAAAUUUGCUAAUUAUUGAUGAUUCGGCCAAUCUCGAGGAGAAGAAGAAGAACCUGGAGACUAACUAUCAAGAAUUGGUCAACUACAAGUUCUAUUUAGAUUAUACUAUUAGCAUUAUCUCCCUUUUUAUCUUUAUGUUAGAUUGAACUAGUGGAUAUUAAAUUCAUCAUAGGUAAUAUUGCUUCUUUUUUGCUUUACAUUGUUCGCCUUUUAUCUUAGUCACAUUUAAAAUCAUCAAAUUUACGCGCUUGCAAAAAAUGAUUCAUAUCUUGCUGUGGAAAAAUCCAAAUAAUGAACUUUUUGAUUUCUCGAAAAUUAGACUUUAAUAUCUAAAACAUAUCCAAAACUUGGAAUCAAAUACCAUCAAAUUCGCCUAGAUAAUAUUUUGAAACCAAGUUUAGAUUCUACUUGUAACCACCCGACCAGUCGUUUUGCUUUCUAGAUCCCCGUUUGCCUAAUUAAGACUCCCCAUA